AGCACAGCUACGUUGGCAUAGGCCGGUAUUUAUUUCUCGUUUGAUUCGAUAGGCGGAACUGUCUCGUCGCGUUAGCUCCUAAGACUAAUACAGGACUUCGGGUUGCCGAGGCCCGCAUGCGGCGUCUGACGCUCCGGAAACCUCUUCUGAGUAGCAAAGUCGAAGCGAGGAAUGGCAACCACCUGGUAGAAGUGGGCGUUUGUAUUUGAUUUUUGGGUCAGGAUCUGCUCAAGUACCGACAUUCAGACCCAAUUUAAGCUAAUUUUUCCGUGGCGAUGACCUCCUCCCACCGCUUGGGUUUAGGCGGUAGCGAUUUAUAGCGUUUCAUCAUGUAUAAGCAGUCUGCAUGUCGCUAUCCGUGAAGCCUCGACGGUAGCUAUAAAGGGUGCGGCGACUCUAGCUCGGUUCAGUCUCAACAGCUUACCCUAUUAGUAUUCGCCUCUUUUAUUGCCGGUAGCUUCUCUCGCUACAUACGGCUAGGACACCAUCAUUCGCCCCUAUCGGCGUGGCAAUUCAUCAUGCCUGUGUCCGCCGCCUCUAUCGUAGCGCUGCUAGGUGCUUUCGUCACCACAGCGUUGGGCCACGGCUAUGUCACCAGCUUCACAGCGGACGGUGUUCAGCAGCAGGGCUUCCUUCUACAGUACUACUACGACAAGAAGAAUGGCCUGCCCUAUCCCAAGAUCUCCGCGUGGUACGCCGAAAACCUCGACAGCGGCUUCGUAGCGCCCGACGCCUACCAGACGGCGGACAUCAACUGCCACAAGAACGCGGCGCCGGGCGAGCUGACGACGACGGUGUCGGCGGGCGGCACCGUGACGUUCCAGUGGGGUUCGUCGGGGUCGGGGGCGUGGCCGCACCCGCACGGGCCGAUCAUCGACUACAUCGCGCCGUGCAACGGCGACUGCAGCAAGGUGGACAAGUUGACGCUCAAGUGGAUCAAGAUCCAGGAGAGCGGCAUCGACUACGCGACGCAGGAGUGGGCGAGCGCCAAGCUGAUCAAGAACAACAACUCGUGGACGACCAAGAUUCCCCAGUCGAUAGCGCCGGGGAACUACGUGCUGCGGCACGAGAUCAUCGCGCUGCACGGCGCCGGCUCGCUCAACGGGGCGCAGAACUACCCGCAGUGCUUCAACAUCAAGAUCACCGGCUCGGGCACGGCGCAGCCGAGCGGGACGCUCGGCACGGCACUCUACAAGAACACGGAUCCCGGCAUCCACUUCAACCCGUACGUGACGAUCACGAACUACCCGAUCCCUGGUCCGAAAUUGUUCACUGGUUAGGUUGGGAUGGCCUGGGUUCGGCCGAUUAGUGACUGAGACUCCCGAGGUUGGGGGGGGGGGGGAGGUUGCGGACCCGUCGUAGGAAGCCAACAUUUCCAUACCUAGAUAUGUGCUCAUAGGUAUACCUAUAUAUAGCGCCCAGAUACGUAAGGGGGAUGCGGGCGAACUCGUGGAGGCGUAAGCAAGCCAGGUUGGUGUUAGAGAAGUAGGAAGAGAGGAAAUAGAGUCACGUCACUAACUCGAGACUGGCGGUUAUUGAAGUAACACGUUAUGCAGUACCUAUGCACAAGAAGGUGUUAUGCAAAUGGAAGCGAUGGGGGUGACGUACGCUGUGUGUACGUGUAUGUAAUCAACGGUGGCUGGUCUGUGCUCUUACAUCCAUUCCAUUCAGGCACCGUGACGCCUCCAACAUCUCUACCAAUACAUUCACACUUCAACAACCAACAUCCGAC